AAAAAUGUCGCGGAGGAAACUUGGCAGAUCCAAACGGAAAUGGAAAAACAAAAAGGAGGACAAGUCGAAGAUCAUCAGGUCCGUUGAGGGAGAGUCUGGAGGAGUGAAGUGUGAGGAAACUUCCUCAGAGCCGCAGAAACACAAGAGCGUGAAGUCCACUGGGUCCAAAAAAGAGAAAUCAUCCAGACAAGUGCACUUCAGCGUCCUGCCGGACAAAUACGAGCCUCUGGAGGAGGACACAGCCUCGGAUACAGCCUCGGAAGAAAACCACAGGGAAAAACAGGAGAAAUAUAAGCGGCUCAGGAAAAACUUUGGAAAAGCUCUUCGCUACACCUGGAAGUGUCUGGUUGUUGGACUGCAGAAUUUCAGCACGUCAUACUCCGGGCCGUUAGGUGCAGCCACCACACUGGUGCCUGAGAUCCAGAGGAUAAGGCCUAGAGCAUGAUGAGAUUAAAAAUCUUGGAUCGUGAGCCAACCCCCUCAAAAUAUUUUAUAUUUUAAGGUUUGAUGCUUGAAUGCCAGAAUGUAAGGUAUUUCUCGAUCUCUUUUGAUAUAAUUGAUUCUUCAAUACAGUAGUCCUGAUGUCUUGGCUGUCACUCAAGUGUUCUGAAUUGCUCUUUAUCUUAGACACCUGUAAGUCUGAUUGAGCAAUAAAUGGUGUCAUGCAUGAAGUAACCUGACUAUGUAAACUGGAUUAGAUUCUCAUUCUCUUAAAAAAGGUGCAGCACUCAUCCUUUUUUCCCCCCUACAAACACUUUAAUGUACAGUUGAAACUAAUAAGAAGGGGCUUUUGUAUUUUUUAUUUUUCCAGUGGCUUAUUCCCACGAAAAUCGUAAAGUACUUGUGAAUUUAUUUGGACUGGUGGUUCUUUGUAGAGAAAGAAAAAAGGGGUGGACAUGAGCCAGACUUUUUCCACAAGUGAUAUCUCAUGAGCGAGCCAUCCUACAAGGAUUCAGGCUUGGUAGAUUUUUCUUUGAUCAUGAUCUAAGCAGUCUAAAGACAGAAAAUCAUGACGAGUCAAGCAGAUGAUUUAACCUAGUGCCAGUGACCUAAUCUGUACAUGUGGGUCCAUCUGUUAAUCAUCUCAAAUCAAUAAUAGAUGAUAGUAUGAUGAUAGAAGUCUGCUGUAAUUUAAUUGGGAAUAACUAGAGGGAUGGUGUGUAGUAACUCCUCCUUUUUUUGUAAAGAAAUACUAAAGUUGCCAUAAAGUUUAUAAUGAUAAAAAGACUAAAUAAUUUUGGGGCAAUUGAGUAUGCAGACUGGUCAGACCUGGAUUUUUUAAAAAGCUUUGUACUUUUUUAAGAAAUGAAAAUCCCAGUGGAAAAUUUAAUGUGAAGGUUGUGUUAAAUGUUUUAAUAUAUAAUUACUGAUUUACAGGAAAAAUGGGUGGAACUGUUGUGGGUUUUUUUUUCCCCCCCAUUUGCAUAUUUGUAUUUUCUGAAUUCUGUAAGAAAAAUAAUGGUCUUAAAAACUAAUUUUGGAAGAUUUUAAAAGAGGCAAAGAUUUCCCUUGAAAUCACUGAUUGAAUACUUGUCAAUACUAUGAAACAGAGUGGGGAGUGUAUUAAUUGUAAUUGAUCUGCAGCAGCACAAAUACAUGCUUUCUUUGUAGACAAUCACUUAAAUACUGUAAUUACAUAGUUACAGGAAAAAUUUUGUUGGGGACCUGAAGUUGCUGUGUAUUUAACAAGCUCGUGUUUAAAAAGGUAGUUUUUAAACAUUGCUAUCCAACGUAUAAUUUUUAUAGCUUUUUAAAAAAAUAUAUACUUUCAGGCCUUUUUUAUA